AUGAUAAUCUCUCAUACGGUUGCAACUUACAAUUACACUCCAUCUUAUAGAAAGGCGUGGCUGGCGAAAACCAAAGCAAUCAAACUUGUGUAUGGCAAUUGGGAGGAUUCGUACAAACAACUUCCACGUUUCUUAUCUGCGCUUCAGAUUUAUGCUCCUGGAACCGUUACUAUUUUAGAGACCCUUCCGGCGCAAUCUCCAGAAGGAACGUGCCUUCAAGGAAAUGUGAUAUUCCACAGGGUUUUCUGGGCUUUCCGCACAUGUGUUCAAGGAUUUGCAUAUUGCAAACCAAUUCUUCAAAUAGAUGGCACUUGGUUGUACGGUAAAUAUAAGGGGACCUUGUUGAUGGCUGUGGCACAAGACGGAAAUAGUAACAUUUUUCCUGUUGCGUUCGCUCUUGUGGAAGGAGAAACUGUGGGAGGUUGGGGUUUCUUUCUCAGAAAUCUUCGGACACACGUUUCUCCCCAACCUGGGCUCUGUUUGAUUUCAGAUAGGCAUGCUUCCAUCGAGAGUGCGUACAAAAAUCCAGCAAACGGUUGGCAAGACCCACCUUCAACGCACGUUUACUGUAUUCGGCAUAUCGCACAAAAUUUCAUGCGAGAGAUAAAGUAUAAGGUUCUUCGGAAGACUCUUGUCAAUGCUGGAUAUGCCUUAACUCAACCGACGUUCCAGUAUUAUCGACACGAAAUCGUAUUGUCAAAUCCAGAGGAAGGCAUAUGGAUAGAUAAUCUAGCUAAAGAGAAAUGGACCAGAUCCUACGAUAACGGGCAGCGAUUGGGGCACAUGACUACAAAUCUUGUGGAGUCUAUGAACGGAGUAUUUAAGGGCAUUAGACACCUUCCGAUUACUGCCUUGGUGCAAGCAACCUACUUUAGGAUGGCUUCUAUUUUCACAAGAAGAGGUGAGCGGUGGAGUGCAGUUUUAGAAUCCGGACAAGUAUUCAGCGAAACCUGCGUCAAAUUCAUGAAAGAACAAUCUUCCAAAGCCAACAGCCCAAAUGUUAUAUCUUACAACCGAUUCAACCAGACCUUCAGUGUCAAAGAAACAAUUGACCAUAAUGAGGGCCUUCCGAGACAACAAUACAGGGUUCUUACAAAAUAA